UCCUCUAGUGACAUCAGUCGACCUGCAUCUCUCCGCUACCCUUGUCUUUAUAUUAGAGAGGCGGUGAUGGUAGUGACGUCCCUGGUGUUGUUGGUGGCUGCUGGGUUGUGUGGAGGAGUCCUCCUGUUACCAACACCAGAUGCUAAACAAGACAGCCCUUCAUCAGUGGUGGGGCUCGUGGAGGCGGUGAUGGCGACAGUGACGUAUUCCGAUUAUUCAGUCUUUCUCCUCAUGGAUGGCAGCACCUCCCCCUCCACUGUCUACAGUUUGGUAGAUUAUCUACGGAUCCCUGGAGGUGUUGGGAUCUUUGAGGUAACAGCUGACAACGAGGAACAGUUUUCUCACCUCAUCAUUGUGAUAAAGUUGUUGCGGGAAUUGUCAUCACAAACGACUAUUGUGGUCAUCAGCGACGAAUCAGCCUUCUUUGCCGCCUUUGCUGAGUGGUCCUUCAAGAGCCGCCUCCUCGUGUGGUCAGUAAGGCUCCUCGCCGUCACCCGCCUCUCCCUUCCGGAGCUUCAUCACCUACAUGGUACAUUCUCAAAGAUGAACGCCAUGUUAGCCAUCGUCAAUGACAUUUCAGCAAAUAUCAGGUGCAGCAUAUACGUACACCUCCCGUACAGCCCUCCGGGAACCCAGGCGUUGAAGGUUGCCUCCUGGACGCCCCUUCGUGGCCUCACUCUUACCACUCAUCUCCCGCUCUUCCCUGACAAGUUCUCCAAAUUUUCUCACAGGCCAACACUGCUGGCGGCGUCAGAGGGGAACCCAUUUAAUAAAAUGAUUAUAAUCAAGGACCCUGAAGCCCCCGAGAGACAGAGGCUCAAGUUCAAGGGUCCUCUCCCAAAGCUGCUGGAUUGCCUCGCUGAAGCUUUCAAUUUUACUUACAGAUAUGUGAGGCCUCCUGAUAGGGUAUGGGGCGUUAAGCUUGACAAUGGGUCCUGGAACGGUAUGGUGGGCAUGGUGAUGAGGGAGGAAGUAAGCAUAGGUGUUGGUCCAUUCAUACUCAAUAAAGCCCGCGCAGAAGUUAUGGACUUCACUGUUCCAAUACUGACGGACUACUGGAGGAUCCUGGGUGCUCGAGGGAGGCCAGAGGUGGACCCGUGGGGCUUCCUGCUGCCCCUGGCGCCGCUGGUGUGGGUGACCAUCCUGACGGCGCUGCUGGUGUUAGCAGUGAUGGUGUACCUCAUGUCCUCAUGCUUCUCUCCCUUGACCAAAAGUCAAGGGACUUGGCUACAGAUCAUAUUCUCUUACUCCCGCAUACUGCUACAACAAGAUAUCUUGGUGUCUGAUGACUGGUGGUGGGAACGAGUAGUGUUGGCGGUGUGGAUGUUGAUGACGCUGGUGUUAACACGGAGCUACGCCGGCAACCUCAUGGCCCUCCUGGCCGUGAGGCACAUUUCAGAGCCUUACCACAGCCUGCGGGAGGUGCUUGAUGACCCAUCGGUUACCAUGUUGUGGUUAAAAGACACACCUGUCUCGCGUUACCUGACAACUGUUGAAUCUGGCAUAUUCCGUGAAAUCGGCGACCUGGAGAGGGAAGGCCGCCUCUUAUGGAGAACACAUCUACAGUUUACAAAGGAUAAAGACACCUGGGUGAGGAGGGGCACCCACGUUCUCAUGGACGUGCAUAAUGGCUUGACAAUGUCUAUAGCUAAGGACUUUACAGAAACAGGAGAAUGUUCAUUUUAUGAGUCAAAAGAAGAAUUCCUGCCUUUAAUAUUUGCCAUGGUGGGCCUAAGUCCACUUGUGCCAGCUUUGAGUAAGAGAAUAACGUCAAUAACGGAAGCUGGGUUAUUUUUCCACUGGAUUAAAAGUGAAGACUCAAACUCAACUGUGUGUCACCGCGUUCCUACCAAGGUCACUGUCAAGACAACUCUCUUAUAUAUGGGUAAGUUAUCCUUGAAUACCGUCAGUUCAAGCAGUGUAACUUAUAAUGUACACAGUCCCCCCCAUGCCAUGUCAUGA